CCGGUACAUAUACCGCCAGGCCCACCAUGAGAUCCUGCUUUUAUCUUUCACAGGGAUGCAACCCAUACAUCCAUCGAGACACUCUCGAUGCCCACAAUAUCGCCCUCAUCGGACAACCUUGUCUGCCAUCUGAGUCGCAGCUAGUAAGCGCUAAGGCGACCAUUAUCGCGCCCAUAGUACGAAAGCCAUUUACUAGCAUAGUAUUCCGUACGGCAAGCGUCAUUAGAAUAAACAGGGCACGCCCAUUGUAUGGUUGCAGUAAACAAAUGAACUACUGAAGCAUAUUAAUAUUUAUAUAUCUUUAUCGAGGCACUCUCAGAGCACAGCACAUGGCGCGUCUGUGUAGUGGUAGAAUUAGUCGCAGGAAAAGGGAGGUGGGAGGGGGAGGAGGCGCAGUGUCUUCGGCCAUGAUCCCUUGCAAUGAGGUCUAAUUCCUUUCUCCAUGUCUUCCUUCAUCUCAUCAAUGUCCUCCUCCAAACCACAUCCGCCACCACAGAACUUUAGGAACUUGCAUCGAGAGCGAAUGGAGGCGGAAAAUGGCGAUAACGGAUCCAACACGCCCAGUGCAUCAUUGCCGCCGAACACGUAUAUUGCACCAGACAUGCCUGCAGAGAAACCGGGGCCGAACUGGCUGCGGAUGGUCUGUAUCAGCGAUACCCAUAACAUGACCGAUAUCAACAACUAUUCUAUCCCCGAAGCCGACAUCCUAGUGCAUGCAGGCGACUUCACAAAGAUGGGUACCACAGCUCAGGUCGACCAGUUCAUUUGCUGGAUGAAAUCCCUGACCCAUAUACCGCUCAAAAUCAUCGUUGCUGGCAACCACGAUGUCAUCCUUGACAAGGAGUUUUACGAGAAGAAUUGGUUCCGGUUUCACACCGCUCAGGAAGAUCAUCAGGCAGCCGUGGAAAAACUUCAAUCGGCGGGACACGGCAUCGUCUAUUUGGACAAUUCGUCCUACACUGUUGAUGGGGCCAAGGUAUUGUACAAGAAAUGGCAAAAGCAGGCAAAGUUGGAAUUGAAACAGAAGACGUUACAGGAAAUUCAUGCGGAGGGCGCUGCUGCUGCUGAUGGAAUUGAGUCGGUGGACCCAAGGGAGGGAUGGAUCGAGGGAUAUAGGAUCUGGGCGAGUCCUUGGCAGCCAGAGUUUUAUGAAUGGGCUUUCAAUGAAGUGCGGGGCAAACUCCAUGAAAUCUGGAAGCAUAUUCCUGUAGAUACGGAUAUCUUGAUCACUCAUGGCCCUCCAAAGGGCCAUGGCGACAUUGUGCCCCAGGAUAAUAAUAUACAUGUCGGUUGCAGGGAGCUCUUGGAGAGAUUGAAGGUGGUCCGACCGCUUUAUCACGUCUUUGGUCACAUCCACGAAGGGUAUGGUGUCUCACAGAUCGACUGGCGCCCUAUAGCGACCCAGGAUGGUGAAAACCCCGGGUCGUCAACGGUGUGUAUCAAUGCUUCAGCCUGCAAUAUCAAUUAUCGCCCGCUUAACAAGCCCAUCAUCGUGGAUCUGCCACCGAAGUGAAGAACAUGCACAGUCUACAGUCUAUUCAAUAAUAAAGCAUAAAAAAUGAUUCAACACCCAC